CGCUUAAUUUACGGCGCGCGCUUCUCUCACGGUCAAGUGCGUUGGUAUGUUAUUCAUCGCGUGCUAGAAUCGGUGAAGAUGGCGAUGUGUGCUGUUCUCCGGUGUGUUUCUGCAAACUUUUCAGCAGUCGUACCACGGCUAACAAGACCUGAACGACUGUCGUCGUGCCACUUUUUGUGGCAGGCGAAUGUAGCACGGACGCUUAGCACGACCUGUCAUCUCUCAGAGGCUCUCAAAUUCACAGACAAGCAUGAAUGGGUACGAGUAGAGGGUGGAACUGGCACUGUUGGCAUCAGCAAAUUUGCUCAAGAAGCACUUGGUGAUGUGGUAUACUGUGGACUCCCAGAAAUUGGGACAAAGCUUGAGCAAAUGGAGGAGUUUGGUGCUUUAGAAAGUGUGAAGGCUGCUAGUGAAUUGUAUUCUCCAUUGACUGGGGAGGUAACUGAAAUCAACACGGAGCUGGCAGAGAACCCUGGCCUAGUAAACUCAUCUUGCUAUGAAGCAGGAUGGUUGAUUAAGAUGACCAUAGACAAUCCAAAAGAACUUGAUGCUCUCAUGGAUGAAGCGGCCUAUGAGAAAUUCAUCAAAUCACUUGAGUAACGCUGCUGAAAAUCAACAUUCCUAUCUAUGGUACUAAUCAUGAAGAGCCUUCAGAAAUAAUACUCUUUUUACUGUUAUAAAUUCGGCAUUUGAGGACUAAUAAAAUUAUGUUCAUUAUAUUUAUUUUGAUUUAUGUUUGUAAUUGUUUUGUCAACAUAAUCAUAAUUUUUAAUGUCUUGGAAUAUUUAACAAAUCUCUUAUUUGUAAUGUAAAUAGAUAGCCAUAGAUUUAACAGACUUCUGAUCACAGGCCUUGUAGCAAAAUAAGUUUGGGCAGUUUCAUGUGUUUUAUGUGGGCUCUGAAACAUAAGGAGGAUAUUGACUGACUGGUGAUUGUUAUAAAUGGCAUGUCUGGUCAAAUAAAAUGCAUCCCUUGGAUGUAACUUCA